GCGCGAUGCUGCUGCUGCUGAUCAGCUUGGCUCUCGCUCUGGGACCAGCCGUAGGUUUCUAUGGGGGUUCCAUGACGUUCACGCCUGGAAACAGAUUUCCAGAUGGAUCAGUGGAGAUGCACUUUUACUACAGAGAGUCCAGUAGGGGUCCCUGUGGUUCUCAGGUUGACUGGAUCUGUGAGAGUGGAUCGUGUGGCAUCCUCACUAACACCGAACCUGUGGUGACAGACAGCGCAGCUGAAAAUCUGUGGUGCCAAUCAGAGGUUCACAUGGCCACCAAUGUCACUAGUAAUGGUCCAUUCAUUCUGAGUUCUUCUGGUUGCUGCUGGGAGGAUAAUGAUCAUGGUGUCGGUGGAUGGACGCUUCGCACUCAUGUUGACACUGGACGACGAUCUGACACUCAGUCUCCAAACAGAUCCCCUGUUUCAGCAGCAAUUCCAAACAUAAGGAUUCCUCAGAACUGCUUCCAGAGCAUUCAUUUGCUGGCACAUGAUCCAGAUGACGAUGUUGUGAGAUGCAGGUUUAAUGAUGCCAACUGCACAGUUUGCCAUCAACAUCAAAACAUUCAUCUUCAAGAGGAAUCGUGCACUUUGCACAGAGAAAAUUCUCUGGACGUGGGUGUGCAUGUGUUUGAGCUCAUGCUGGAGGAUUAUCCUGUUUCAAACAUAACUGUGACUGACAAUAGCGGGGUCUCCUCAGUCAGUGACAGCAGCAACCCAACCGCUCUCAGUCAAGUGCCUCUGCAGUUUGCCGUGGAAAUUCUUCCACCGUCUCAGGGUUGUGUACCAGGCGUGAACAAACCAAGUUUCUUGACACCAACGCCUUUGCAUGGAGAUGUGCAUCAUGCCGCUGUGGGAGAGGCACACGAGAUCACCCUCCGAGCACAGACCUCGGACAGCAGCAUCUAUGACUUCCAGGUCAGUGGCCCCUCUAAUAUGUCCAAGACCCUGACAAGUGAGAGUAAUGGGGUUUUGGUGGCAACACUGACCUGGACUCCACAGGACACGGAUCUGUAUCGCCGUGUACCUGUGUGUUUCGCAGCAGACGCGCUUCACAGUCAGUCAGAAAUGAGGUGCAUCAUUGUGGCUGUGGCAAAAGCAAGGAUUCUUUCAGGUGAAGCAAAAGUCAUCUGUGAGGAUAACAGCAUCAGCAUUGUUGUCAGUAAAGCCUCCAUGGAUGGCAUUGACCAGAACUGGCUCCAACUGCGAGACCCCACCUGCUCCCUUACCUCCAAUGAAACCCACAUCCUGGGCUCGAUGUCCCUCAACACUUGUGGCACUACCAUGGAUGACACUGGAGAUUUCAUCGUCUUCAAAAACGAAAUCAACUCCUUCGAGAACCCGAAUGCUGUUAUCACCAGACGCAAUCAAGUUAAAUUCGGCUUCUCCUGCCAGUAUCCCAAAAUGGCCAGUGUCUCCAACCGCUACGUCAACCAUAAAUCUGACUACAUCUUCACUGAAUCCAGCUUCGGCACGUUUGGUUACUCGUUUGAAGUUUUCAGCGACAGCAGUUUCAACAGUCAGGUAGAUCCCAGCCUGUAUCCAGUGCAGGUUGAGCUGAUGGACCAGAUCUACAUGGGCAUUGAAGCUCAUACUGCUCUACCAGAGGUCACGCUCUUCGUUGAGUCCUGCAGAGCCACUCCUGAAGACAAUCCAUUCAGUGCUGUCUUUUAUGACAUCAUCAAAGAUGGGUGUGUUAUGGAUGAUACAGUCAUGGUUUACCCAAGUGCCUCCACAAAGUAUGACUUUCAGAUCCAAGCCUUUAAGUUCACAGGAGGCUUCGAUGAGGUGUACAUCAGCUGCUCCGUGAUCCUGUGUGCAAAAGACAGCUUAAACUCCAGAUGUGCCCAAGGCUGCCUAGACCAAGCCGCACGCAGACGUAGGCGAGAUGUGAGCCAAGAAACUGCCAGGCACUACAUCACCCAGGGUCCCUUGCGAGUGGCGAGACAGACUCAUAAUGCUGCCUCAAAUGACGAUGGAUUUCUACACUUGAGCACAAGCACCGGGGUCUUUGCAGGACUCUUUGUUGUCUCCAUUGCAGUGUUGGUGGGAAUACUGGUAUAUAAUGCCAGAAGAACAAGACCUAUUGACCGCAUGCAUCUACUGUCCACUUUCUGAGAUCCUUUAGUGACCGGUUUGAGUAGACGCACAAAGAACUAUCCUUUCAGACUAUGAAUUGUAGUUAAAGUCUUUCCAGUUUCUCGUACAUGAGCAGUAAAUGAACAGUUUUUGAAGUAAAUGGUAUAAACACACAACAAUGACCUUUGGUGUGGCUGGUAUUAUCCUAAUUCUUUCAUUAUCUUUUUUCUACUUAUUUCCUUCUUCACUUUCACACAGCAUUCCUCAUUGAACAUAACACACUUAUCGGGGUGUAUAAUUAUAGAAAACAUGAACCUUCGCUUAGUCCUACUGAGAAUGAGAUGGCGUUCCAGAGCUGAUGGAAGAACAAGCAUUUAUUAAUGAAUGUUAGUUUUAAAAUAAAAUGUACAUUUAAGUAUUUAUUUUAUUGGUGUGAGGUCAUUUGCAAAAAAAUAAAAAAUACCCUCCUUGGUCAA